AUGACCUCGAAUUCGAACAGCGAUAUCGUCCUCGACGCUGGAAUCGACAACACAGACACCAUGACCUUGGACAACUACCGGUUUCCCGCGGAUAGGCUGAAGAAGAAGCUGUCCAAUGAUGAGAAGACACCAAUCGUUCUCGUAUCUUGCGGCUCUUUCUCCCCACCGACCAAUCUUCAUCUUCGCAUGUUCGAAGAAGCGACAGACUUCUGCGAGUUCGAGACCGAGUAUGAGGUUGUCGGCGGGUUCUUCAGCCCUGUCGGCGAUGCUUACAAGAAAGCCGGCCUCGCAUCCGCACAUCACCGCAUCAACAUGACCAGAAUCGCCGUCGGUGACAGCUCUACCUGGAUUGGUGUUGAUCCGUGGGAGCCGCUUCACAAAGAGUACAUGCCUACAGUCAAGGUUUUGGACCACUUCGAUCACGAACUGAAUGAGGUCAUGGGCGGUAUUGAGACAUCGACUGGCGAGAAGAAGAAAAUCCACGUUGCUUUGCUCGCAGGCGCCGACCUCAUCCAGACCAUGAGCACUCCUGGACUUUGGGCGAAGGAGGAUCUAAGGAGGAUUCUGGGCGUCUACGGCGCGUUCAUCCUUGAGCGCAGCGGCACCGAUAUCGAUGAUGCACUUGUCAGCCUCCAGGAGUGGAAAGACAAUAUUCGUGUUAUCCCGCAGCUCAUUCAGAACGAUGUCUCCUCAACUAAAAUCCGCCUGUUCCGCAAGCGCGGCAAGAGCAUCCGUUAUUACAUUCCGGACAAGGUUGUCGACUACAUAUACGAGCACGGCCUCUACGCGUCAGACGACGAGAAGUCAAAGGCCGUAGAAAAGGGAAAAAGCAAGGCUUCUGACAGCGCGAGCUCGUCAGCAGUCGCCUCGUCCUGA